CGCUUUUUCUGACGCGAACAGGGAAAUGUGUUUUGGGGACGUCAACACUUUCCCUUGGACACCGUUCCUACCUUUUUUACUGUGUCCGGGAGCCGUUUGAUGGAGCAGCGUUGCGGAAGUAAAAAUUAACCUCCGUUAUCAUCAUAGAUCGACCGUGAAGAGGAAGAGCCGUGCGGGUUUGAGAGGAAAGAAUCAGGUCCAUGUUCGACGACGAUGGCAGCAGGUAGAGAAAGUCCAGACAGAAGUGAAGAUAAAACAUUAUCUCACAGACAGAAUGAGGUUAACAGGAAGUUGAAGUACAUCAGUUUGGCGAUUCUGGUGAUUCAGAAUGCAUCGCUCAUCCUCAGCAUCCGUUACGUGCGGACAUUGCCGGGAGAUCAUUUCUUUACCACGUCGGCUGUGGUCAUGGCGGAAGUUCUCAAAGUGUUCACCUGUCUGGUUAUAAUUCUCAUACAGCAGAAAGGUAAUUUGAAGAACUUUGCAAUGUUGCUGUACAACUCUUUAUUCGUCCAGUAUUUGGACACACUGAAGUUAGCAGUUCCAUCCCUCAUCUACACUUUACAGAACAAUUUGCAAUAUGUGGCCAUUUCCAAUUUACCAGCAGCUACAUUCCAGGUAACAUAUCAGCUGAAGAUCUUGACCACGGCAUUGUUUUCUGUGCUCAUGCUGCGGAAGAGCCUGUCUAAGAUCCAGUGGAUCUCUCUGGUGUUGCUUUUCGCCGGAGUGGCCAUCGUCCAGGUGGACCAGGAGAGUGGAAAACAGAAGGAGACAUUGAACAGCCCCAACCAGAACUACGUCAUAGGCCUGGUUUCAGUGAUCAUCUCCUGCUUAUCUUCAGGAUUUGCCGGUGUUUACUUCGAGAAGAUCCUGAAGGGCAGCUCUGCCUCGGUAUGGAUAAGGAACGUGCAGCUCGGGAUCUUCGGAAUUCUUUUGGGUCUUUUGGGCCUGUGGUGGAGCAACGGAACUGCAAUCGCUGAGAAAGGUUUCCUGUUCGGCUACACGUCUCUUGUGUGGGGCGUUAUUUUUAACCAGGCCUUCGGCGGGCUCCUGGUGGCCGUAGUUGUAAAAUACGCGGACAAUAUUCUCAAAGGCUUUGCCACCUCAUUUUCCAUCAUUGUGUCCACUAUCACGUCCGUCUACCUCUUCGGUUUCCAUGUGGACUUGGUGUUUACGCUGGGUGCGGGAUUGGUCAUUGGAGCCGUCUACAUGUACAGUCUCCCCAAACCGAACACCGUCGUUUCCAGCAUUAGCACGACUUCAUCAGAACACAGAAAAGGAGGCGUCUCGGAACUGGAAGCUUUUCUCCCAAAUCCCAAGUUUUCAGGACAGAAGAAAGGAAACUGAUAUAUGAAGCGUCUACACCGGAAGAGAUAAGAACACUCUGUGCCUAAAGACCAACGCUAAUGCCCCAUUUUCUGAACAAAAGAUCCUUGAGGGAUACAUUUCAAAAGCAUUUGUUAUGCUUACUCUAAUAUAAAUCUCUAAACUUUGAAUCCUAACUAAUUUAACAUAACUGACUGAAUCUCAAUAUCACACCUCACUUAUGUUAAACAUUUAUUCCAGUGGUUAUACUGUGAUUGACUGAAGUUAUAAUACUAAUGUGAUCAGCAAGGAAACUGUAUGUGUUAUUUGCUGGAACUGAAAAACGACUGAAAUUGUGAGCUGUUAUUAUGCCUAUGAUUUAGUGGCCUUCUCAAACCUCGAUUUCCAAAGGUGCUGCCUCAUUAUGAAAAUCAUUUUCAUUAGUUUAAUGUUUCAUAAAGUGUGUUGUAAUGUGUUCAUUAGCAUUUUUGAUAUGCCUUGGGUCCUUAUUAAAGAAGUCUUUGUUGUAUACACUCUUUUGUGAAUUAAAGUGCUUUGAAAACUACAUUUUUUUGCGUCCAAGAUCAGAAUGAUUCAGAUUGUUUCACUUCUUUAUCGUAUUAGCGCCCUCUGCUGGACAGUCAACAUAUUUGUCUGUCACAAAAUAAACCUUCGUUGAAACUAUGUGGUGUCAUCCUCUUAAAAAUAUCAUC